CUCUCCCUCCCUCUCGGCGUCCCGGAACCAGCCCCGCCGCCGCCGCCGCCGCCGCCGCCACCACCUCCUGCCCCGGCCCGCCGGCAGCAUGUCAACUCCCGGCGCCGCCUCCCGCAGGUGACACCCACCCUUCCGCUGCCGCCGCCUCCCCUCCUAUAUGGGCCACCUGCUCUCGAAGGAGGCAAGGAGCCUGAGCCGGGACCGCCGCCGCCGCCCGCGGGGGAAGGUGCCGCCGCGCAGCCGGAGCUGCUUCCUGCGCGGGCCCUGCAUGCUCUGCUUCAUCGUGCACGGCGCUAGCCCUCCCGCCCCGGAGCAGCCGCUGCCCGCCGGAGACCCGCUGCUGCCGCCGCCCUACGUGUCGCUGAGCGUCGCGGAGCAGCGCGUGGCCCGCCGCCUCCUGCGCCUGGCGCCCGCCGCCUGGGAGCCGCCGGGCCGCUGCCAACGCCUCUUCCUCUCCGGCCUGCUGCCCUCGCCGGUGCGGGGCCUCCUGGGGCCGCCCGGCGAGGUCUCCUCCGAGAUGGUGUGCAAGCGCAAGGGGGCCGGGCUGCCCGCCUGCCCGCCCUGCAAGCAGCCGCGCUGCGCUGCCGCCGAGCCCGAGCCCGGUGCCUGCCAGUGCCCGGCAGAGCCGCAGCUGCUCGCCCUGCCCGGCGCCGCGGGGGAGAGCGGUGGGGGCACCGCCGGGCAGAGCGGCGGGGGCCAGCCCGCCUCGCCGCCGCCUCCCGCACCCGAGGAGGAGAAGGAGCAGGGCCGGGAGGAGGAGAAGGAGCGGGGCGGCGAGGCGGGCUGCGAAGAGCCGCUGGAGUACCCCGGCGACAGUUGCCGGGAGCUGCCGCCGCCGCCCACCCCGGACAUCAACCAGCUGCCGCCCUCCAUCCUCCUCAAGAUAUUUUCCAACUUAUCUCUGAAUGAGCGUUGCCUUUCAGUGUCAUUAGUCUGUAAAUAUUGGCGUGACCUUUGUUUAGAUUUUCAGUUUUGGAAGCAACUGGAUCUCAGUAGUCGUCAGCAGGUCACUGAUGAGCUGUUGGAAAAAAUAGCAUCAAGAAGCCAGAAUAUUACUGAAAUCAAUAUCUCUGAUUGUCGCAAUGUAUCUGAUACAGGAGUAUGCAUAUUAGCAAUUAAAUGUCCUGGGCUCCUAAGGUAUACUGCCUACAGGUGUAAACAGCUUUCUGACACCUCUAUUAUUGCAGUCGCUUCUCAGUGUCCUCUUCUUCAGAAAGUGCAUGUGGGCAAUCAAGACAGACUCACUGAUGAAGGCCUGAAGCAGCUCGGUUCAAAAUGCAGGGAAUUGAAAGACAUACAUUUUGGGCAAUGUUACAAGAUCUCAGAUGAAGGAAUGAUCAUUAUAGCUAAAGGCUGUCUGAAGCUGCAAAGAAUAUAUAUGCAAGAAAACAAAUUAGUGACAGAUCAGUCAGUGAAAGCUUUUGCUGAACAUUGCCCUGAGCUGCAGUACGUUGGUUUCAUGGGCUGCUCUGUUACUUCAAAAGGAGUCAUUCACCUUACCAAUCUAAGAAAUCUUUCAAGCUUGGAUCUGCGUCAUAUCACAGAACUGGAUAAUGAAACCGUGAUGGAAAUAGUAAAGAGAUGCAAAAACCUUAAUUCUCUCAAUCUGUGUCUGAACUGGAUCAUUAAUGACAGAUGUGUGGAGGUGAUUGCCAGAGAAGGACGGAACCUGAAAGAACUGUAUUUAGUAUCCUGUAAGAUCACAGACUAUGCUCUGAUAGCCAUUGGGCGGUACAGCAUGACAAUAGAGACGGUGGAUGUUGGAUGGUGCAAAGAGAUCACGGACCGUGGAGCCACCCAGAUUGCUCAGCGCAGCAAAUCCCUCAGAUACUUGGGACUGAUGAGAUGUGAUCAGGUGAACGAGGCCACAGUGGAGCAGCUGGUACAGCAAUAUCCACAUAUAACCUUCAGUACUGUGCUACAGGAUUGCAAGAGAACACUGGAGCGGGCUUAUCAAAUGGGCUGGACACCCAAUAUGUCUUCUGGCUCCUAACCUUCUGUACCAACAUGUUCCACUCUGCUGCAUUCAGUAGAUCUAAUGGGGAUUGCAGAAGGGUUUAUAACCUUUCAUAUGAUGCAAUAUAGUUGUGAGUUUACAGAGGUUACAGUAAAAUGGCAAAAGCUGUACACUGACUUUAAUGUACUGUACAACUAAGUACAAAUAUUGAAGCAAAAGUUUAGAAAUGCGUUGUGGUUUUGUUUGCAUAAAAGUUAUAAAAGCCUUUGGCAAAUUUCUUGAAGUGGAUUCCUACUAGUUCUCUGGAUAGUUUGAGUUAUAGAUGUUAAGCUUGUUUUCCUCUGUUUACUUUGCCUUGGUCAUGUGUGUUUCCUUUGAUCUGUAAAUGGUAACUCAGUGCUAGCACCAGUGCAGUUGAUCAACAGAGGCCUGUGUCGAAACUGGGAACUAAACUUGAUGCUUUUUAUUUACUAAAUCUACCCCAGAGGUUUUAAGAUACAGAGUACUAAGAAAAUCUACAGUUAUUUACCAUUUUCUUAUCAUCUUUCUUUUUUUUUUAAAUAUUAGAAGCUGUAGUGAUUUUUAAAUCUUUCCACCUUGACAUUUUAAUAAUGAGUAACAGUGCUUAGCCUAACAAUGAUAACCAGCUAUACUUCAUGAAGACAAAGAAUAGCUGAGUACACCAACUAUCAGAAAUCAUUUUAUUUUGCUGAAAAAAUAUUAUUUUAUUUGGCUGAAAAACUUUAAUUUUUAUUUAAGUGAACUUGCCUCCUCUGACUAUGCUGUUCUGUUGAUGAAUUGGAACAGUCAGAUGAAUGGGUAUAAAUCAGUAACAGGAUCCCUUUCAUUUCCUGUGUGGUUUUAUUUUAGAAUGGAUCUCACAAUGCAAAUAGUGCUUACCUUGAGAAUGCCAUCUAAACAUGAGUCCCAUCACGAGUACCAUUUUGUAGGAUCAGAUGCUUCUUAAUACAGUGUGGGCAAGAAAAUAUCCAAAUUAAACACAUAAAAUGAUUGAUUUUCUUUGUGAGACUGUUAUGGUUUAACCCUGAACAGCAACCAAGUACCAAGCAGCCUCUCUCUCACUCUCUGUCACACUGCAUUCUAAGGAGUUAAAUUUGAGCAGGGAAUUGUGAAAAUACAAACAUUGCAGCUUCAAUUUGGAGCUGCCUUAACCUUUAGAGUAUUACCAUUUGGUUAAGAAUGUUGUCAGGUGUGUAACACUGGAUAUUUGUUUUUCAAAGGUUACAGCAUUUUAAUCCAAACUAUAAAAUGCUUAAGCUUCAGCUGAAAAGUUGCCUUUAUUGUCAAAAUGUUUUGCUAAUCCAGAAGGCCUAAUGCAGCAUAACAUAGAAGCUUGUUUAGUAUGGCUGUAUAACUCUGUAAAGCUGUUUGUUGAUUUCCAUAGCAUAAUUUUUUACAACAGAAACAUCAGCUCACAUUACUUCCAGUGAGGAUGUUGAAUGUUUUCUUAUUAGACUUUUCAAAAUGGGGAUGAACUAAUUUCUCUGGAAAAAAAAUAUAUCGCAAAGAUUUUGCUUAAAAUAAGUGGUAAAUACUUGUGAACAUGUGUAAUGCUAUGCUUUCUAUUUACUCCAAAAUGGCAACAAUAUUUUAAGAAUAAAGCCAGUGAAUUAUAUUGCAGAUAUAGUACAGAAUCUCAGUCAAUUUUCUUUUAAUGUCUCUUUAUGAGUGCAUUAAAACUAUUCACACAAUUUGUAAGUUUCUAUUUUUUUGUGAGACCUUUGAUCUUGCAAUAAACUUUAAUAAAAUAAGAAA